CUUUGCCUCGGCUCGGACACGCGCCUCCGUGCCAGGGCCACGGCACCGCGACACAUCCAUGCCGCCGCUCGCUGCGCUGCUGUUGCCCCCUUUCUUCCUCCUCAACCCGGAUCUCGUCUGCAGCAAAACCAUCAACACUUUUGCUGGUCCGUACAUCUCGUACACGACCAGAUUCGACCCAUGUCCGUCCGACGGCACUUUCGCAAUAAACCUGCGUCCAAGUCACUUUCAUCCAGCGAGGCCUUUCGAGAGGCAAACUGUCUCCGGCAAUUUCACUAUUUUGAGUCCCUUUGAUGAAACGUAUUGGCUUCGCGUCGAUAUGGCGGGCCGGUCCAACAACCAGUGGAAGGAAAACGCGUUCAUCUUUAACUUUCCUCGGGGAGCCUGUUCAACUCUGCGGGACCACCUGCCAGACUUCUUCGCCAUGAUCGCGCAAGGCAACCCUACCAAAAAUGUAUCCUGCCCGUUGGAGGCCAGCGGUACCCACGAAGUCAAAAACGAACCAACGUCAUGGGUUUUUCCCAAAUUCAAGACUAUGCCGUACGGGCGCUUCAAGUUUACUCUCCGAGUGGGCGAUGACACGAAUCGAGCACCACGCUUUUGCACAGCGGUGGACAUGACGAAUAUUCCAAGACCGGCCUAG